AUGACUCCAUCAGCCAAGAAACUCCGAUGUCUUCCUGAUGCGACAACAACUCCAGCGCCGGUUCUGGACAUUCCUAAACCCCCGAAGGAUAUGAAGUACAAUGAUCUAUGUGUGGGUAACACUUUCAAAAUCAUGGGGGAGCUGAAACUUAUACCUGCAAUAGCCAAAGUAGAAAGAAAUUUUGAGUACAAAGCUUUUAAAUCCGACAGCCAGAGGUUUAUUGCCAAAUGCAAAGACAAGACAUGCGAGUGGCGUCUGCGAGCAGUUCCCUUAGAUUCUUGUGGGUGGUGGAAACUCACAGUUGCAAACGAUGUGCAUACUUGUGAAAGCAACAAAAGGACUGACCCUGAAUUAAGAACCAAAGCGGCCGCUACUGGAAUUGCAGAGCUUUUCAAGCACAAAUUCAAAGAACUAGAUGCGGCAUUUACGCCCAAACAACUGGUUAAGGACAUAAAAAGGGAUUAUGGAGUGGUUAUCAAUUACCGGCAGGGAUACAGCGCUUGCAAGCGUGGUAUUGAGCUGAUCAAAGGUAGCCCUGAUGAAUCGUACCAACACCUUGUUGGUUAUAGUCACAUGCUUGGUGCUCGUAACAAGGGUAUUGUUACCGAGAUUGUAACUGAUUCGGAUGAUUCUUUUCUAUAUUAUUUCUUUGCUUUUGGAGUAUGUAUUGAAGGAUUCAAAAACUGUUUCAGACCCGCAUUUGCGAUUGAUGGUACACAUCUUACAGGGCCACGCCAAGGAGUUCUACUGUCAGUCGUUGGAAUGGAUCCCGACGAGUCGAUCUAUCCUAUUGCUUUUGCUGUUGUUGAUUCAGAGAAUAAUGAAUCUUGGGAAUGGUUUAUGAGAAAGUUAGUCGGAGUACUUGGCGAUAAGUAUGCUAUGAAUGAAGAUGUUGUUGUGGCAACAGACAGGCACCCAUCGAUCUGUAGAGCCAUAAGGUUGGCAUUUCCUUGUGCUAAUCAAGUAUAUUGCAUCCACCAUAUUUCAGAAAAUAUCAAACAGACCUACCACAACGCCACGGCUUCGGUGGCAUUUACAAGAGCUGCAAAAGCGUUUAGCAAUGAUGAGUAUGAACUUGCUAUGAGAGACUUAGGUUUAGUGAGCCCCGCUGCUUUAAAAUCUGUAGUGGAUCUUGGACCGGAAAUGUGGGCCAGGGUGAAGGCUAGAACUGGUCGUUUUACUCUCAUGACUACAAACGCCUGUGAAACUUUCAAUUCAAGAAUAGCUGAUGUUAAAGGUCUUCCAAUCUGUCAUUUAGUCGAUUACAUUCGCAGGUUCCUUUUGUUAUCACAUGUCGUUUGUCCUACAGCUUUUAAUGAAUCUCCAGCAACUAAAAAAAAAAUUGGCAUGACACAGUACAUUAGGCUAAAUGUCACCUAUUACCUUUCAACACCAUCGUCAGAUACCACUCUUUUGUCCUCCACAGUGGCAUUCGGUGAUAUAAUUUUCUCCACAUGA